UUUAUCGAAGUCUGGCCGACGUCCCAACGCUGCUGGGAUUUGUAGUUCUGACUGUUCAUUUCACCAGUUGGAUUACACAACCCGUGCCCUGUUGUUUAACUACACGUCCCAUAAUCCCCGUCAAUUUCAUAGUGUGUUUGACGUAACAGUCAUUAUGCAAAGUUUUAAACACACCUAGGACUAUGCCUGCAGGUGGAUUGUGGGGUUAUAAAGAAAGCCAGCGAAACCGGAGAAGGGUUUGUAUAUUUUGGCCUUAAAGUACCUACUAAGUGAAGGCAGCUCCGUAGUUCCUGUGUCCUCUGCAGUUCACUCUCACCAUGGGCGUCGGGCAGUCUCUGGGGCUGCCGCCGGGUUCAGGACCCCAUCAAGUGGGCUGCACUGACGUCAUGGCGGACCACACCAGAGAGGGGAGUUUUUUCCGCCUGUACUACCCCUGCAAGCCAGAAGAGGGCGUGGAGGAGCAUCCCCCAUGGAUCCCCAAGUAUGAGUAUGUUGUGGGGAUGGCAGACUACAUGAGCCUCAACAAGAGAUGGUGUGUCCCCCUGCUGAACCUUGCAUUCGGGUCGCUCCGGGUGCCUGUCAGCUGGAACGCUCCCGUGAUUCCCGGACGCAGGUUCCCACUCAUCAUCUUCUCCCACGGCCUGGGAGCUUUCCGAACUCUGUACUCUGCCGUGUGUCUGGCGAUGGCUUCACACGGCUUCCUAGUGGCUGCAGUGGAGCACAGAGACCAAUCAGCCUGUGCCACCUACCACUACCAGAAGGGACCCCCAGAGUCUCCCCACGACCCCCUGCACGAGGAGUGGGUUCAUUACCGCAGACUGGAGCAGGGAGAGAAGAAGUUCAAACUGCGGAACUGCCAGCCUGGUCAUGUGACCUCCAAAACACAAACAGGGCUUCAGACAGAAAGACAAGAACAGAGGGGGGUUCACCAGCGAGUGGAGGAGUGUGUGCGGGCGCUGGACCUCCUGAGUGACAUUAACAGUGGGAAGAGCAUCCCUGAUACCCUGCAGUGUCACUUCGACCUGGCCAGCCUCAAGGACUGCGUGGAUCUGCAGCAGGUGGGGGUGAUGGGACACUCGUUUGGGGGAGCAACCUCUCUGGUGGCCCUUGUCAAGGAUGCCCGGUUCAGGUGUGCCGUUGCUCUGGAUGCCUGGAUGUUCCCCAUCGAGAAUGAGCUCUACCCCCAGGUGAGGCGGCCGGUCUUCUUCAUCAACACCGAGAGCUUCCAGACCACAGACAGCGUGGGCAAGAUGAGCCGCCUGCUCGCAGCCUGCAGCCCAAGCCGGAUCAUCACAGUGCUCGGGACGGUGCAUAAGAGCCACACUGACUUCUCGUUCCUGACGGGGGCGCUGCUGAGCAGAUUUGUCGAGACCAGGGGCAGGCUAGAGGCCGAGAAGGUUCUGGAGAUCACCACCAGGGCGGCGCUAGCGUUCCUGCACAGACACCUGGAUCUGGAAGCAGACUUUGACCAGUGGGAUGCCCUGGUUGAAGGCAAAGGGGAUGAUGAUGUCAUUCCUAAUGCCCCUUCCUGCCUGAGCAGCCUAUGAGGGAGCACCUCCUCUUGUGAUUCCUCGUUCCAAUUGGUCACUCUUGAAAGGACAGUCCCCAGCCUGUCUAUAUCACAGGCAGCCCUUGUUUCUGUGUGGAGAGUCAGCGCACUCCCUCCCCCUCAUGAAGACACACAGAAUUUGCAGUGAAAGGAUGCCACAGUCUGAGAUCAGUCCUGCUCAGAUUUACAAUGGAAUACAGUUCCGUGGUGUGUGUUUGCCACAUCACCUGGCUUUCCAUGCAAAGAAAGAAAGAGAAAGAAAUACGGUAGUUAGUGUAGCUUCAGGGACACAAGCUUCCUCCCCAUUGAAACCAGCUUUCAGCUGUUGAACUGUGUGAGCCUGUGGCAUCUGAUAGGACAUGAGUGGAUGACUAAGAGUUUUCAAUUGGUGACCCGCAAAUUGACAUUAAAACCUGCAGACCCGCGACAGUCAUUGUACAACCUGCAAAAGAAAUCUGAUGUGUAAGAUCACUGUGUGGGUGAUGUGUGUACCCUUCAUACACUGACGGGUUCCUAACUCAAGUUGCAAAUUAUAUCAUUUUAAACGUAUCAUUUUAAAAAUUAUAUCAUUUUAAAUGAACCAAUGAUGUUGUUUUCUUUUGUUGAUUGGAAAGUGGACCACUCCUGCUGCAAUGGACUCCUUGGUUUCUAUUUGAAUUGUAUACUGGAGAAGAAUGUGUGCACCCUUGGAAUUGGCACACAGUUACAGACCAGUCAACUCAUUUCCAAAGCAGCCCAACAGCUUCAGCAAAAGCAGGAGGCUUUAUGCCAACAGAUUUUUUUUUCUAUAUAAAGUUAUACUUCAAAUACCCUCAAAUCAACAAAAAGGGGCUCUUGAUAUAUUGCAUGGGUGUUUUUUUUUUUUUUUUUGUAAGUUGCAUUAUGGAUUGUGUGCUGUUUGAGCUACUGUUUGAGUACAAGCACAGAUUCAGUAGCUCUGCUAAGCUGUACUAAGGUUAGACUUUCAUACAGCAUACAGCCCUCUCUUUUAGAUACUGGUAUAGGAGAAAAUAUACAAAGAAAACCCUAAUGAUAAAACAUUGUGAUUUUAUUGAAUUACUGAAAGUUGUAAAUAUUAAUCAAUUCCCCCCAAAAAACAGUCGAUGGUGUUCAAUAGCACAGCUGGGCCAAGGUCAGUCUGGUUCAUGCAGUUCUGUUUUCUUUAUGGGUGUAACCGGUGCUAUUCACAGAACAUCCACAAGGUGGCGCCCGUGCUCAAUCCCUUCUCUGAUGGAGACUUCAUUGGCUCUUCAGCCCAGGUGAUGUCAUAAUCCACCAGUCAGCAGACCUGUUUAGGAACCCUUUGGAGUUCUGAGGUAAAGAGAAAGAAUCUGCCUGCAGCACCUUCACCAGUUUAGACUGUAGCAUGCUCUGCAGGACUGAAUCUGUCUUGAUCCCUUCAUUCACUGUGGAAUUGGCUUUUUGUUCAUAUUGCAAUAACAACUAUAAAUAACAAAAAACGUCAGGUCACAUAUCUCUCCUCCUUAAAUGUGCCAAAGAAUGUCCUAAAGAAGCUUGAUUAAAAUGAGAUAAGCCAUUCUCCAGAUAUCCCUAUGAUAUCCCCCCAUCCCCAUGGCUGGAUAAUAAAUCUGUUUUUUUUCUUUUGUUUUACUGUUUUUAUUGUACUUAUUGUUUUAUUGUACCAGUAUUAAAUGUUUUUCUUUGUUGUUAAGUGCCUUGAAAUGGCUUGCCAUGAAAGGGGCUUUAUAAAUACCUUUUGAUUUGAUUAAAGGGGAUAGACUUUUUAAAAUGAU